AUGUGUGAUGAAAAUAGUUCAAUCCAUAUUAAUUCACUCGACUCUCUUAAAUCAUUUAUUGAGAAAUUAGGAUGUGCCGACUCAAAACAACUGACAGAAGAACAAAGAGAAGAAAUUUUUAUUAAUGCUAAUCAAAAGGAAUUUUCAACUGAAUCUGUUGGAUGGAUGGUUGACAUAAUAUCGCCAAAUGAUAUCAGCACAAGCAUGUUUAGAAGAUCGAAAAGAAGUUUAAAUGAAGUGUCAAUGGAAUCGGCAAUUGAUUUGAUUAAAAAAGCUCUUGAACUUGAAGUGAAUGUCGCUGAAAUUUAUGUAGACACAGUCGGCCCACCAGAUAAAUAUCAAGAGAAACUUAAAGCUAUUUUCCCCAAAAUCAAAAUCACUGUGGCCAAAAAAGCUGAUUCGACUUAUCCAAUCGUUUCCCUUGCUUCAAUUUGUGCCAAAGUCUCACGAGAUCAUGCAUUGAAAGUUUGGAAAUUUCGUGAAGGAAUUGAAGUGCCUGAAGAUGGUUUUGGUUCAGGAUAUCCUGGUGAUCCAGUAACAAAGAGAUUUCUUCAAGAAUAUGAACCCGUCUUUGGUUUUCCACGAAUUGUCAGAUUCAGUUGGAGUACAGCAGUGAAUGCUUUGGAAGGAUCAGCUUUUGCUGUUGAGUUUGAAGAAGAAGAUCAACCGGGAAAAGAAAAAGUUGUGCUAGGCUCCAAAAAGAUGACUUCUUUCUUCAAAGCAGAAGUUCCAGUGAAGAAGUUCAAACGUCAUCAGUUUUGGAAGGAUCGGUGCAUUGAAGAUGUCACAGAUUUUUAA